UGCAUAUUAUUUGACAGAACACAGAACGGACAGGUUUCCCAUUUUUUGAACUUUUCUUCGUGAGUUGGCUAUCAAAGUUUGUGAAUAAUACAAUUGAAUAAAUUCCUAAUUUUUGUAGAAACAUGUCUAAAAAGAAGGGAAACAAGAAAAAUCAAGAUUUCGAUGAGGACUUGGACGAUAAGAAAGUGGCAGCAAGUGACACUCAUGAGAUAACCUCCAAAAGCAAAGGCAAAGGCAAAAAGAAAGGCAAAGGGAACGCUGGAGAUUGGAGUGACAGUGAAGAAGAUAUUCCCAAAAAAGUGCCAGCGUCUGAUGACGAAGAUGUGCCGAAACCAGCAGCGAAGAAAUCUCAAAAGAAAGGAAAAAAUAAGAAGAAAGGUGCUGAUGUGUCAGAUGAUGAGGAAGAUGAUAACAAAUCUGUAAUCAGCAAUACAACAAGUACCACAUCUAAAUCAGCCACCAAGGCCAAUAAAAAGAAGAAAGGUAAAGGUAAGAAAGAUGAUGACUGGUCUGAUGGAGGCAGCGAUGUUGGUCUCAAAGAAGUUUCAGAAGAUGAAAUUAUAAAACCGGUUUCAAAAAAGAAAACAAAAAAUAAAAAGAAAAGUAUAGCUGCUGAAUCUUCUGAUGAAGAGGAUGUUGAAGAAACAGAGCCAGUUGUGGCUGAAGUCACAAACAAUAAGAGUAAACCAGCAUCCAAAUCCAAAAAUAAAAAAGGAAAAGAUGAAUGGCCUGACGAAGACAGUGACAAGGAAGUAAAACUAGAGCCUUCUGAUCAGGAAGAUGACUUACCAGAGCUUCUAGUUAAAAGCAAAGGAAAAAGUAAAAGAAAGAAGAACAAUAUUGAUGAUAUUGAAGCAGAAUUGAAGAAAUUUGAAAUUAAAGAUCCGGAGCCAGAAGAGCCACCUGCUAAACUUAAGGACAAAAAGAAGAAAACCAAGGAAGCUGACGUGAAAGAAGCAGCGGAAUCUGGUGAUGAAGCAUCACAAGAGGCUGAUGAUAAGGUCCCAGAAAUGCAAGACAAAGAUUCCUCAGAGCCUGUUGAGAAGAAGUUAAGUCACAAGGAAAAGAAGAAGCUUAAAAAGCAACAAGAGUAUGAGAAACAGAUGGAGAUGAUGACUAAGAAGGGUGGUCAGGGACAUAGUGAUUUAGAUGCCAACUUCACAGUUAGCCAGGCACAAAAAUCUGCAGGUCAGAUGGCAGCAUUAGAGAAUGCGGUGGACAUAAAAGUUGAGAAUUUCUCAAUCAGCGCCAAAGGCAAGGACUUGUUUGUGAAUGCAAACUUGUUGAUAGCCAACGGCCGUCGCUACGGUCUGGUCGGGCCCAACGGCCACGGCAAGACGACUUUGUUGAGGCAUCUAGCACAGCGGGCGUUCCCUCUACCGCCUCACAUAGACAUUUUGCUUUGUGAGCAAGAGGUCACUGCUAACGAUAUGAGCGCGGUCGACACCAUAUUGGAGGCAGAUGUCAAGAGGACUGAACUACUCAAGGAAGCCAAGGAACUUGAAGCUGAAACUGAAAAGGGAAAUCUUAGCAAACAGGAUAGACUAAAUGAGGUAUAUUCCGAGCUGAAGGCGAUUGGCGCGGAUUCCGCCGAGCCGCGCGCGAGACGUAUCCUCGCCGGUCUGGGCUUCAGCAGAGAAAUGCAGAACCGCGCCACGAAGAACUUCUCUGGUGGUUGGCGUAUGAGAGUAUCACUUGCUAGAGCUCUAUACAUUGAACCAACACUUCUUUUACUCGACGAACCUACAAACCAUUUAGAUUUGAACGCAGUCAUUUGGUUGGACAACUACCUACAAGGCUGGAAGAAGACUUUACUAGUAGUGUCUCACGACCAGUCUUUCUUAGACAACGUGUGUAACGAAAUCAUCCACUUAGACCAGCAGAAGUUGUUCUAUUAUAAGGGCAAUUACUCUAUGUUCAAGAAGAUGUACGCACAAAAGAGGAAAGAAAUGAUCAAGGAGUAUGAGAAGCAAGAGAAGAGACUGAAAGAGCUGAAGGCGCAUGGACAGUCGAAGAAGGCAGCAGAAAAGAAGCAGAAAGAAGCGCUGACCCGCAAGCAAGAGAAGAACCGCAGCAAGUCGCAGCGCGAGGAAGCAGACGAGGGCGCAGCGCCCGUGACUCUGCUGCAGCGGCCCAAGGAGUACAUCGUCAAGUUCUCCUUCCCCGACCCGCCGCCGCUGCAGCCGCCCAUACUCGGCCUGCACAAUGUGAACUUCAACUUCCCCGGGCAGAAGCCGCUGUUCAUCGACGUGGACUUCGGCAUAGAUCUGAACUCUCGAAUCGCCAUAGUGGGCCCCAACGGGGUGGGCAAAUCCACAUUCCUCAAGCUGCUCGUGGGAGAGCUGAGUCCUUGUCGCGGGGAGCUGAUUAGAAAUCACAGACUGAGGAUAGGCCGCUUCGACCAGCACUCGGGUGAGCACCUGACAGCUGAAGAAUCGCCGGUGGAGUAUCUACAGCGGUUAUUCGGGCUGCAGUACGAAAAGGCACGCAAGGCGUUAGGAACCUUCGGGCUGGCCGGUCACGCACAUACCAUCAAGAUGAAGGACCUCAGCGGAGGACAAAAGGCCAGGGUUGCGCUGGCUGAACUGACGCUGAUGGCGCCUGAUGUUGUUAUAUUGGACGAGCCGACCAACAACUUGGACAUCGAGAGUAUCGACGCGCUGGCGGAGGCCAUCAACGAGUACAAGGGCGGCGUGGUGAUCGUGUCUCACGACGAGCGCCUCAUCCGAGAGACCGAGUGCGCGCUCUACGUCAUCGAGGACCAGACUAUCAACGAGGUCGACGGAGACUUCGACGACUACCGAAAGGAACUCCUGGAGAGCCUCGGGGAGACCAUCAACUCGCCUUCUAUUAUCGCCAACGCGGCCGUCCUGCAGUAGGCCUUCGCUCAUAUCUAUAUGGUACACGUCUGAUGAUUACAUGCUUCAAUUCUUGCAAACAAAACAUAAAAAAACAGUGUUCAUUUCAUGAAAAUUUCAUAAAAGAUGUAACAGUCUAAAAUAGACGACUCAAAAAAUGUUUAUGAGUUAUGACUACAUAUUGAUGUAUUAUCUAUGAACAAAUCAGCACCGAAAAUUUUUAAUACUUGCGUUUACUUCACGAAUUUGUUACGCACGAUAUUAAUUCCGAUAUUAAUGAGAAAACAAAAACCCAACUGCGUAAAAAU